UCUGGAAACCCAUUUAGAUUUCUCUUGAAAAUGAUCGGGACUGUGUCUCUUGGUUCUUCCAUUGUCAUACUGCGAAAUGGGGCUGGGAAUUUGUUGGGUAAUGACAAGAAUUACCCGUGGUUAUCAAAGAAGAAGAUCAACUGUUUGUUGUAUUGCCAAAGUGAAGGGAAUAUGAAUACGACCAAUGGGGUGUCAUCUGUUUUGACCAAAAGAUCAGUCUUGGUGAACGCAGAUCCUGGAACAGCUCUUUUGGAUACUGAGAGCUUGGUUUUGGCUCCAAAUGGGAAUGGGCAGCCUGAUAGUUGUAAUAAUACUGCAACUAAAGAUUUACUUCCCUAUAAUGGUGCACAGAAUGCAUCUAUGAUGGAUAUGAAUGAAAAUGGUAUUGGAAUUGUGAGUAUACUCAAAGGAAAAAGGUUCUUUGUUACUGGUGCAACUGGGUUCUUGGGUAAAGUACUUAUAGAGAAGAUUCUGCGCACAGUGCCUGAUGUGGGGAAGAUAUAUCUCUUAAUCAAGGCAAAGAACAUGGAUGCUGCCAUGGAAAGAUUGAAAAAUGAAAUAAUCAAUACUGAACUUUUCAAGUCUCUCCAACAAGCUUAUGGGAAAUCAUAUCAAUCUUUCAUGUUAAGCAAGCUGGUUCCCGUGAUUGGGAAUGUUUGUGAAUCUAACCUUGGGUUAGAUGAGGAUGCAGCGGAGGUGAUAUCGAAAGAUGUUGAUAUAAUAGUGAAUUCUGCAGCUAAUACUACUUUUGAUGAAAGAUAUGAUGUAGCUCUUGAUAUAAACACCGGAGGGCCUAGUCGCCUUAUGAGCUUUGCUAAGAAGUGCAAGAAACUAAACCUCUUCCUGCAAGUUUCUACUGCAUAUGUUAAUGGACAAAGACAAGGAAGGAUAAUGGAAAGGCCGUUCAAUGCAGGCGAAAGUAUAGCAAGGGAGAGCCUCAUCUAUGGCAAUCAAGAAGUAAUGACUAUUCCAAAGUUGAUUGUGGAAGAUGAAAUAAAACUGGUUUUGGAAUCAAAGCAAGCUUUCGGAGAAAAUGCAGUUGCUCAAAAGCUUAAAGAGUUUGGAUUAGAAAGGGCAAAGCUAUAUGGGUGGCAAGACACAUACGUUUUCACCAAGGCGAUGGGUGAAAUGAUGAUCAAUAAAAUGGGAGGAGACAUACCCAUAGUCAUAAUCCGGCCUAGUGUCAUUGAAAGCACUUACAAAGAACCUUUUCCGGGAUGGAUGGAAGGAAAUAGGAUGAUGGAUCCAAUUGUACUUUACUAUGGAAAGGGACAACUUAGCGGAUUUCUUGUUGACCCUAAUGGCGUUCUUGAUGUUGUUCCAGCCGAUAUGGUGGUGAAUGCCACUUUGGCAGCCAUGGCAAAACACGUGACAGGUGGCAAAUCCGAAGAGAAUUACGUAUAUCAUAUAGCUUCAUCGGUAGUGAACCCGUUGGUCUUUAAGGAUCUGGCAAGGCUGCUAUAUGAACACUUCAAUUCUUCACCAUGUUUGGAUUUAAAGGGCAGGCCUGUUAAUGUGCCUAUCAUGCAACUUUACCGAUCCAUGGAAGAUUUCUCCGCUCAUCUCUGGAAAGACGCGAUUAAUAGAAGUGGAUUGACGGCUUCGGGAUCUACGAACAAAGGGAAGUUUUCACUUAAACUUGAAAAUAUUUGCAGAAAAUCAGUGGAGCAAGCAAAGUAUUUGGCCAAUAUAUACGAACCGUACACAUUUUAUGGCGGAAGGUUUGAUAACAGCAACACUCAAAAAUUAAUGGGGAUGAUGUCUGAAGAAGAAAAAAGGACAUUUGGAUUUGAUGUGGGGAAGAUAGAUUGGAGAGAUUACAUCUCAAAUGUUCAUAUUCCAGGGCUAAGGAGGCAUGUAAUGAAGGGAAGAGGAAUGUGCACCUAA